AUGCGUGCAAGGAGAAUGAGGCAGAAAUUUCUUUAUGUGAAAUUGGAAAGGGUAUCUGAAAGAAAAUGGAGAAUAUCAGAUAAUUACCAGGUUUACUACAAGUUUGCUGCUGCUAUAAGUAUACAUGGAGUCUGUUAACCUACACUAGAAGAUGGAUUUUUCCAUUGA